AUGUGGCGCUUGAUACUAUUAUGCGCAUCCACGUAUGCUUGCUCAUUAUGUCCUCUGCGAGUUCCUCCAAGACCUCGACCACUCGACCAGUUCAAACUGCCUUCAAUCCCCGAUUUGAACUUGGAAACGUUGCCAGAAUUCUGCAAUUUUUCACGACAGCUUGACGUUGAGGAGCAGUGUCGCAAAGGAUUUGAAAAGCUUUUCUGUGCUACUGAUGACUCAUUAGAUUCUCUUAUAUGCAAUGGCCAAUUAGAAAGCCAAAAAAGGUGUUCGAGUUGUGCUCAUAAAUGGGAGCAAAGCAAAUGGGCAAUGACUUGGUGGGAUUCUUUGGGCAAACCCGCUGCAGGAGUAAGCGAUGGGAACUACUAUUGGCUUGGAGACUAUGAACUGUGCUCAAAACUCAGAACGGACGGAAAGUUCGACGGACAGUAUUGUCGAAUAGAGCUGGAAGUUCCUGAUGCUCUAGUAGAAGAAGGCUGCCCACAAACUGAUCCUCUUGCAAUUGUUCUGGGCGCUUGCAUGCCGAGAUCAUGCACCGAUGAACAGCUUCACGGAUUGAUUCAAGACUAUUCGCCUUACAAACUGAUGAUCGAUUGCGAGCUAGACAUUCACUUUUCUACUCCAUCUCUCAUCAUGAUAGCAACGUUAACCGCCUGGGUUGCGCUACAGAUUGCUGUGACCUUCUUCAGCCCAGAAUCAUUGAUAUGGAUGUGCUUCAAUAUUCGAAUAAAUGCAAGGAGAGCACUGUCCACUAAGCGUUCACCAGAGAGCUUGCAUGCCUUACAUGGCCUUGAAUUUAUCACAUUUGUUUGGUUUAUAACAGGAAUGGUCUACAAUCUUAUGCAACCAUACAUAGAAAAUGUCGCCUUCUCAUACGAUUCCAUACCUUAUUUUGCUAUUCAUCUAACCAACAACUACUCUUACCUCGUUGACGGUCUUCUAGCGCUUUCUGCGCUCUACACAACUUAUUUGCUUUAUGGAGAAGUUAUAACGAUCAAAGAUGUGCUACAAACCCUAGCUAAGGCACUAGUAAGAUUUUGGCCAGCAUAUGCAUUCUGUGUUCUGUUUAUGUGGCAUCUAUUCCCUGAGCUGUCCUCCGGUCCUAUGUGGAUUCAUGGCGACACGGUUGAGAGAUGCUCCAGCAGUUGGUGGAAGAAUCUUCUGUUCAUCAGUAAUCUGUACACCCUAAGGGAUACGUGCGUGGACUUUGGGUAUGUUGUGUCUUUGGAAGCACAGUAUUUCGUUCCACUUAUCUUCUUGACCCACCUGGCUCGAUCAAGAUUAUUUACAGCUAAGGUUUUAUCUGUUGUUCUGUUGUCAUUGUCCAUUUCAUUCGCGUUUUAUCGCGCAUUCCUUGGAAAUCUUCCUCCAGCACCGCUGCUUACAGCUGAGCCUAUAGCUCCUGAGCGUAUUGAGCUUAUGCUGAACAACUUGGUGUUAUCUCCAUUGACUAGGGCUUCACCCACAUUGAUUGGAUUUUUGUUUGGUAUUUGUAUGUGGAAUGAGGAUGGCCUCAUUAGCAAAGAUGUACUGAGCAAGUUUUUCAUCAUGAUAAUGACGUCAUUCUCGGCCUUUGCUGGGCUCUUCGUUAUGUUUUCACUGCUUCCAUACGCUACGUAUUCCAUUGGACACCCAGUAUUCUUGGCGUUCUACGCAGCUUUCCACAGACCGCUGUGGGCCACGUCCCUGCUAUCGUUUCUAUAUCUUUCACAUCAUGGAUCAUUCGAAUGGAUUCACGCAAUACUCACUUGGCGAAUAUUCUCACCUCUGUCGAAACUUACAUGGAUUGCAUUAAUCUUAGCCGAGCCAAUCAUACUUUUCUUCUUUUCGGCGUUGAAUCGACCGUCGCAUGCGACGAAUUGGAGUACGAUUUAUGCGGCAAUCUCGGCCAGCACCAUUUCAUACCUUAUGGCUCUUCUAAUCGACAUCUUUCUUACCCGACCGAUUCGAGGACUCUUGGAUAGAGAGGAACUGCACCGGUACACUGUAGCUCAAGCAGAGUAUGAAGCAGCUCAACAAGUAGAAUGAUUGUAUUGCUUAUUGUUUCGUUACAUGGGUCUGAGACCAUAUCUUCCUAAUAAAGAC